GGCCCGACGCACAAACGUUAUUAAAGUGAUUCCGCCGGCGUGCCAACAACUUGGGAAGCGGUGCUCCCGGCGGUCCGUGGAACGGUCUCAUGGCGUCUGUCACAGCUGACUGUAGCGCAGUCGUAAGCGUUGCAAUUGUCGCCGUGUCCGUGGCUGCAUUAUGGAGGUGGCGUCGAAACAGAUUCAACAUAUUCAAAGAGCGCGGGAUUCCUGGCCCCGAACCAAGCCUGAUCUCGGGAAACUUCUACCAGCUGUGGCAUCAGGAGACAAUAAAGGUUUUGAACGAGUGGUCAAGCAAAUACGGUGACAUCUACGGGAUGUUCAACGGCGAUGCCCCAUUUCUCAUGGUCAAGGAUCUCGAACUUCUUAGGCGCGUCUUCAUCAAAGACUUCAACAUGUUUGUGGAUAGAGGGGAGGUGUGGACCAUGGUUGGAGCACGCUCAGAGCAGCGGAAUUCGCUCUCCUUUGCUAAAGCUGACCGGUGGAAAUUCAUCAGGCGGUUCGUCUCAAUGGCUUUCACAGCGGCGAAGUUGCGACGAAUGGUGAGCAUCAUGAACAAGGCAGUGGAUCGUUUCCUCGAGCUGCUCGAAGCACGUUGUCGAGAAGCCGGCGACGGACAGGCAAACGUCAGCCCACUGCUCGGCGCUCUAGUUUUCGAGCUGACGGCCGAGACCGCCUGCGGCAUCUACCUGGACGUGCAGAACAAGCCGAACGACCAGUACUUCAACUCGGCCAGGUCGUACGUCCUCAACGUCGUCGAGAGCGCCUACCAGAGGGCUGGUCAAUUCUUCUCGGGAGUAAAAGGCCUCGUAGCGUUCACAUGCUUCCUGGAGCGGUACUUUGGAAACGAGCCACUCACGGCCCUGGCCAAGAAGGCGGAACCCAUUGUUGCAACGAGGGAUAAAGAUCCAAGCCUCGCUCGCCCAGACCUGCUACAGACUCUCCUUGAGGCCAAGGUUCCUGAAGAGCUCCUUAAGCAUCGGGAAUUUCGUGAGCGUACUAAUGACAAAGGAGACUUCCUCAUGCCACUGAAAGACGUCGCUUGCAACGCCGCCACAAUAUUGACCGCUGGGUACGAGACAGUAUCCGCCAACACCUCCAACUGUGUAUUCUGCCUUGCCAAGUAUCCAGAAGUCCAAGAGAAAGUCAGGAAAGAAGUGGACGCAGCCUACGAAAAGCACGGAGGGUUCUCGUACGACGCCGUCAGCGACCUACCUUACACGAUGCAGGUUAUAUACGAGGCGCUUCGCCUUUAUUCUCCAGUUGUCGCGUUCACAUCAAGACAAGCUGCCUGUGAUUACAGCUACAAGGACAUGAUCCUGCCAAAAGGGCUCAGCAUAAUGGCCUGCACCCAGCAGAUACACAUGGACCCCCGCCACUGGGACAGACCGGAAGAAUUCGAUCCCGAAAGGUUCUCUCCCGAACAGAAAGCGUCCCGGGACCCGCUGGCAUUUCAGCCUUUCGGAAUAGGCCCCCGCAACUGCGUGGGCAUGAAGUUGGCGCAUCUCCUGGUGGCGCUCAUUGUUGCCAAGCUGGUGCAUCGUUUCCGGCUGCACUUGGGCUCCAGACACGAAAAUGGCGAAUUGGAGAUGAAGACGCAAUCCAUCAUAGCUUCGCCUAAAAUAGGCGUCUGGAUCAGACUUGAGAAGAUACGAUAGGUGCGCAUCGACGGCGACCAGGAUACGCGCGACGUGUGGUCAACAUUUCAUUUGUAAAUAAACGAAACGCACUCACUUACAA